AUGGCUUUUGGCCACUUCCUCGAAUUUUAUCGAUCAUGCCUCUUCCAAAUUAUCAUCGUCGGACUAGUCGCUUUUUGUGAACCCGGCAUUUGGACAGCCCUCAACAAUCUUGGAGCAGGAGGCUGCUUCCUUGCUGGUGGUGUCACCAACAAGAUCACUGCGAAAUGGACCUUGUUCAUCGGAGCGGCAUUUUAUACGCCUUAUGCAGCGGGUCUAUACUGCAAUAAUCGCUAUGGGAAUGAGUGUGAGGCCGCUAUUGCUGUUGGAUACCCAGAGGAGAAGGGAGGACGGUACGUUGGAAUUUGGAUGGGUAUACGGCAAAUGGGUCCACUCGUCGGUGGUGCGAUAUCCCUCGCUCUCAAUAUUAACACUGCGCAUGUUGGCAAAGUGACCUACACAACAUAUCUGGGGCUUGUUGCUAUUUCCUCCCUUGGAGCUCCAUUUGCGUUGCUGUUGUCACAACCACAGAACGUCAUCCGCAAAAACGGCACCAAGAUACCUUGUAUGAAGAAGACGAGCUUUGCUAUCGAGGCACGCGCUAUCUGGAAGCAACUAAGGAAUAAAUACAUGUUGCUGCUUAUCCCUGUCUUUCUCGCCGGACAGUUUGGUACAACUUACCAAGGGAACUAUUUGACAACUCACUUCACCGUCCGCUCCAGGGCCCUCGCAUCUUUCCUAACAGCUGUGGUCGGCGCCAUAGCCAACGUAACGACAGGCAUACUUCUAGAUCUGAAGUAUUUUUCCAGGGACACCAAGUCUAAAGCUGUAUAUAUAUUCGUCCUCGUCUUCGUCACCGCAGCUUGGACAUGGAAUGCUAUCACUCAGACAAAACUUUCCCGCAUGGUCAACUUACCCGCCUUUGACCUGGGUGACGGUACCUUCUUCAAUUCAGCUUUUACUGUCUACCUGUUCUUCAAAUUUUUCUACGAGGUCUUGCAGACAUACAUCUAUUGGUUGAUGGCCGGGAUCAAGGGAGCCCAGCAGGAUGGCGAUAUCGCGAGAACAACUGGAAUCUUACGAUCAUGGGAGUCCAUUGGCAGUACAAUUGCCUACGCAGUCGACGCCACUUCCUGGUCUAACUUGAACCAGAUGAUACUUGGAUUUUCAUUAUGGGGGUUCACAAUCCCUUUUACAAUUCUCGCCGUGUUCGGCAACUGGAAUAAUGCUACGCUUCAGAACGAGAGUGAGAGGAUUGAAACAGACAAUGCCAGCGUCGAGGCACAACAGGUAGUUAUCGAUCUUGACGGGAAGAAUUGA